GGAGGUUAAACACAACGCUUUUUGUCUCAUCUCCUUCACCUUCUCCUCCUAUCUCUCUCUCUCCCUCAAAUCUUUUCAGGCAUAACUAAAUCGAAUCAUAAACACUUCAAAGUAUAACUAAAACUUCCUGAUCUAUUCUAGUCCGUUAUAGUUGUUUCAAACGACACGGUGAAACCUUUUUUAUAUAAUAUCAGACUCCUAGCUACUAAUAUAUCUGGGAAAUUAGGGUACUUCUGUGAAACUUUUAAGCUAAAAAUGGGUGUUGAAAAAAUGGUGUGUUUGGUUUCUCGCACUGGUCGUCAGUUUCAGAGAUACAACAAAGGUCGUCGCCAAGUCGUCGGAUGUAUUCCGUACAGAUUCAAGUUAUCAAGCGAUGGUAAAAUUAGUGACGAGGUAGAAGUUCUUGUUAUCUCUUCUCAAAAAGGUCACGCCCUGAUGUUCCCUAAGGGUGGUUGGGAGCUUGAUGAAUCUGUAGAAGAAGCUGCAUCAAGAGAGUCUCUUGAAGAAGCUGGAGUUCUUGGCAACGUAGAGCAUCAGUUAGGAAAAUGGGACUUUUUGAGCAAAAGCAGAGGAACAUACUAUGAAGGACUGAUGUUCCCUAUGCUUGUAACAGAACAACUUGAGCUUUGGCCUGAACAACAUGCUAGGCAAAGAAUCUGGAUGAACGUAGUUGACGCCAGAGAAGCCUGUAGAGAUUGGUGGAUGAAAGAAGCAUUAGAUGUUUUGGUUGCGAGACUCUCGUCACCGAUGAUUCAACCAAAGGAAGAGAAGACUCUUUCCAUCUCUAUUGAAACAAUGUGCUGAUGACUGCUGAUUGUGAUGGGAGUUUUUGGACUAUUGGGUCUCUGUACAUACAAAUAGAUGGGUUUCAAUUAGUAUUGAGACUGCUGAAGAUCAAAAGAAAUGCAGAGCCGGAAAACAAAACUUAUGAGUAGAUUUUAGGUUUAAUUUGGAGCAAAAAAUAUCAUGUGAUUUAACAAGUCUUGUAUGUCGUGUUUAUAAUGUUUCUGCAAGAUUUGAUUAAAGGGACGAUGAAGUGUUACGAACCUAAACAUGAAAGCAAGGAAAAACUGUACAACUGUGUUUCCCUCUGUUUUAUGUUUUUCAUCUCUCUUUGAAUUUGCAAUGGGAACACUUGAUUCACAAUGAUUUUUGUGUUUGAGAAAUAUUUAAUAAUGUAAGGGGUGAUACGUGUCA